AUGUUCAACACCAACUUAUUAGGUGCGAUCUAUGUCAGUAGCAUUCCACUCAUAACACCACCACAACAACCACCUCAAGUUGAUGACCAAGGUCAACCUAUCAAGAUCCGCAAGAAGCCCGGUAGAAAACCCAAUCCUGCCUCACCUGCAUUACGUAAAGCACAAAACCGAGCAGCUCAACGCGCAUUUCGUGAACGCAAAGAACGCCACCUAAAAGACCUGGAGGGUACUAUCAAACAACUUAGAGACCAACGCAACCAUGCCCUGAAAGAACUCAAUCAAACCAAAGCAAAAAUGGACGCCUUUCGUGCAGAAAAUUGGUAUUUAAAGGGCGUUGUGCUGACACUUCAAUUUGUCUGCCUCCAUCAUAAUAUUCACAUACCGACCCAUUCACCUUAUUUGACAGAAGAAGCAUUGAGUGAGAUGGCCAAGACAACGCCACAUGCGAUUGAGGCGUAUGUGAAUGCAUAUACAAGAAACAAUAUUCAUUUAAAACCUACGAUGGCAGCACAUUUCUCAAAUACAGAUAUACAAGAUGACGAUGAUGAACAACAACAACAAGAAGAAGAAGAAGACGAAGAAGAAAGAGAAGGAUAUGACCGGAGAGAAGAAGACAUGGAACAGGAUACACCCCACCAAAGACAUCCUAGUCUUACUUCUUCAGAGACAGAUCAUUCAGUCAAAGAAGAACAGAUAGACCCUACACCUACUGAAGAAGAAGGACCCAAUCCUUCCAGUAUCAGUGCUAUUCAACGCCUUCGACUUCAACUCAGACUUCAAUCCACUUUAUCCAACAUUGGCAAAUCCGCAGCACGCUUACAGCCUACCAUCUUACAGCUGGCUAUUCCUCAUGACCCACGUAUUGACUUGAUACCCACUCCGCAUAUGAGAGACCGAAUGAUUAUCUUUAGAGACUUGAUGGACUAUGACCGUUGUUUUGCCUUGUUGCUCAAUGGUGCAUUGUAUCAUGGGGGUGAUCCUACCAUGAGUGCCAGUUGGGAAUUGCCGCCUGAAUUCUUUACCGAGUUUUGGUAUUUGGCAAUUAAUUAUGAUGUGACUAGGACAAAUACCUGGAGAAGAUUGAAGGGUUUGCCAGACAUCACAGCCAAAGAAACCAUCGAACAACACCAGCGAUGGAAUCCAGACCCUCAAGAGAGUGUUUGGACAGAUGAUGUGUUCUCACAAAUGACAGCAGGGAUGCCAACAUUGCAACCCUUGGACUCAAAUCACUUGGCAAGUGGGUUUGACUUUGGUUCACCCAACUUGGAUAUAUUGGAUCAGUCGUAUUUAUUACAUUCAGAAGAAAGACAUAGAUCACCAAGUAUAGGUGCCAUGAUGAAUUUAAUGAAUUCACUGUCUACAGAUCCAUCUCUUUCAUAA